AGAGAUUCGACUGCUCGCCGUCUCGCGGAGCCGUCACGGGUCUCCUACGCAAUCCUAGCCGCUGUCCUGGCGGAAUGGAUCGUAUUCGCCGGCCUCAUUAUCGCCAUCUUUAGAAGGAAAAGGCAAGGGAAAGAUCCGAUCCUUGGUAGAUCUGUUCUGGUCUCUUGCGUCGUCUACUUCACUUCGGACACCCUUGGCCUGGUUGUUAGCUCUCUUCGACUUGCGCAACACCAAGCCGCUGGAGUCAAUUUGACCAUCAUUCUCAUUCAGCAAUUUGCGUACCUGUUCGCGGCAUGCACGAAAUUCCAUAUUCUUUAUAGACUGGCUCACAUCUUUCAACUACGUCACACAGGCCGAUCGCCACUUUCAUUGACUCUGUGUCAUGCGAUCUGCCUCGUCGUGAUAGCACUGACAUGUGUGCUGGGAUGGUCAUUAUAUGUUGCGUAUGCAUGUGGAGAGGUUUUUUAA